AUGGAGGUACACUUGCAUUGUGACAAUCAGGUAUUAACAGUAAAAGAUGUUCUGGACAUAGAGUACCAUAACAUGCUUGAACAGGCCAGAUCAUGGAUACAGCAAACUGCCCAAUCAUGCUCCACUGUGGUGGUUUUUAUGGCUACAGUGGUCUUUGCAACAGCCUACACUAUCUCGAGAGGCAGCGAGGGCAGCUCAUUGGUUUUCCUCAGUUCGUCAGUGUUCAUCUUCUUUACUGUUAUGGACAUUGUGGCAUUGGCCUUCUCCUUAGCUUCGGUGGUCAUGUUUCUUUCCAUCCUCACUUUUCCAUUUGAGCUAUGGGAUUUCCAUAAGUCUUUGCCAAAAACUGAAUGUAGGGUUUUCUUUUCUAUUAUUGGUGCUAACCACUAUGAUGCCUGCUUUUUGUGCAACAAUUUUACUGACAAUUAG